AUGAGUUCUCAAUGGCUUAGCAAGGCAUUUAUGAAGAAGAUUUGUGAAAACCCAAAGAUCAAGUUGAAAACUUUGAUGAGGAAGGCUCAUAGCAAGUGGAAUGUUAACCUCACAAAGACCAAAGCUGCCAAAGUGAAGCAAUUAGCAUUGGAUGAGAUUAAUGGUACUUAUGAAGAGCAAUAUAGGAGGAUACAUGACUAUGCUGCCGAGUUACUGAGACCCAUGAUUGCUCUUGAUGGAUGCUUCAUCAAGACUCCAUAUGGAGGUCAACUUCUAACAGUUAUUGGAUGGGAUGCCAACAAUCAGAUUUUGCCAAUUGCCUAUGCUAUUGUUGAAGCAGAGACAAACGACUCAUGGACUUGGUUUUUGUUGAAUUUAUGUGAUGAUUUGGGUGUUGACAAAAUCAGAAGGUGGGCUGAUAAUAGACAAAGUAUACUGACAUAUGCUGGAGAUAUUUUGCCAAAAAUAAACAAGAAAAUUGAAAGAGAGUUUGAUAAGGGUGGGGAGUGGAUGGCCAUCUAUGUGGGUAGGGACAAAUAUGAGGUGUCCAGCAGCUACGGUAACAGGGACAAAUUUGUUGUGGACUUAAAGAACCAUGAGUGCUCCUGUAGAAAGUUUCAGCUAACAGGUUAUCCUCGUGAGCAUGCCAUGAGUUGCAUUAGGAAAAUGUGUUUAGAUGUUAAGAACUAUACUCAGAAUGAUGAUGCGCUGCCACCAGUCUUUAGGAAACUAAUAGGGCGCCCUAAAUUAAGCAGGAACAAGGCUGGUGAUGAGCCACGGAACAAUGGACCACUGUCUAAAUUAUCCAGGGUUGGACAACAACAAAAAUGCUCCUACCAUUUUUCACUUGGUCACAACAAAAGAACCUGCCCUAGAAAACGUAGGUUAGAGGCCUCGGUAAAAAAAGCUCAACAGGGCAAGAAGAGUGCUGGCACAACUAGUACCAGAAACCCCAUCAAGAUUGUAGCAAAGGCAACAACAAAAGCAACAACAAAAACUCAGCCAAAAAGGAAGAGCAAUAAAAGAGACUGCAGAGAGGAGACUUACUUGAUAGUUUACGCAUCCCCAAAAUCUUCUUACAGGGUUCUCUGCUAUAGAUGA